UCCCCCACCGAUGCAUAUCCGUCGCCACUGUGAUCUUCCUGUCUAUCCUCCCCUCUCUCACUCUCCCCCUCCCCCUGAUUACUCUCCCCUCGUCCACGCCUCUCCAAAGAAAACCUUCUUUUUCCCAUUCCAACCGGCUGUUGGAUUCAUCGUCUGAUGUUUAUUCAGCCCGGGAGUCUAGGCGUGGAGUACCCAUCUGUGUUCCUCUCCAAUCUCGGUGAUGCAAUCGUAGAGCCAGUUUCAUGCCUUGAUUGAUUAGAUUCAUGAAGAUCCAGCUUGAUUUAGUUCUUGAUUGUCACGUUGCCGAUCGCUGUUCAACGUUGGAGGUGGAGUACGUUGAAUUUAUUGAGAAUGCUGAGUUUGUUUCUUAGAUUACAGGCCUGGUUGAAAUUAGUGAUAUAAAGGGAUACACUGAUGACAUUUCAAUUUACACUGGUGUAACCGUGCUUAGAUCGUCUACCCUCGCCACGCGAGUUCCAAGGCAUCGUUUCCGAUCCCAGAGAUAAUGCCGUUCCUUGGGUGCAAUUAAAGAGUGGCUGGGUUGCCUUAGUUUAUAUUGCAGCCUGCACCAAGCCUCGCAGAGCUACUGCAAGGUCAUAGCGUUCCUAAUCGACUCUAAGAUUCAGAGUCCCGAGAACUGCACUGGUCACGGGACUCGAAAGAGCGAUAUAUAGAAGCUCUUACAAUAAGUAGAAGAAAUUGCUGGCUGUAUCUUGCUGCCAGCACUGUGAAUAUUUCGGGUUUGAGGAACACCCUGGCAUCACAUUCAUCAUUCUAUGACCCAACUAGUCUGCUGGACCAGUUCUUCGCUCGAUCCUCGAAAGCAGCUGAAUUGUGCCAACUCCGCAGUUGCGAACUCAGCAGCUUACUUGUCAGAAGCUUUCCAGCUGCAAGUGUGUGAAACUGCACAACAACAUUGCAGCGCCUGUACAGGAUCGGCCGUAUCCGAUUCUCAGAUCAGGAUGAUGUGGGGUGAGCAGUAUCCGCAGCCGGCUGUCGGUCACAUGCUUUAUGGCGUGCGCGUUACAAAGUCAGCUCCGUGCUCACCUGUGAAGCCUCCGUCGAAGCGGCUGUCGGCGAGGGCUGAUUCAUUCCACGUAGUUCACAAGGUGCCAGUGGGUGACACCCCUUAUGUGAAGGCCAAGCACGUCCAGCUGGUGGACAAGGACCCCGACCGUGCGAUCGCGUUGUUUUGGGCAGCCAUAAACGCUGGGGACAGAGUUGACAGCGCUCUGAAGGACAUGGCCAUAGUGAUGAAACAGCAGAACCGGCCGCAGGAGGCUAUCGAAGCCAUCAAGUCGCUGCGCAGCCGGUGCUCGGACCAGGCCCAGGAGUCGCUGGACAAUGUGCUGCUCGAUCUGUACAAGAGGUGCGGUAGGCUGGAUGACCAGAUUGACCUCCUGAAGCACAAGUUGCAUCUGAUCCAUCAGGGGAUGGCGUUCAACGGCAAACGUACGAAGACGGCGAGAUCGCAGGGGAAGAAGUUCCAAGUGUCGAUCGAGCAGGAAGCGACUCGUCUUCUGGGAAAUCUGGGUUGGGCGUGCAUGCAGCAGUCGAACUUCGUUGCAGCAGAAGCCGUGUACAGGAAAGCAUUGUCGAUCGAGCCAGACAACAACAAGGUUUGCAAUCUAGGAAUCUGCCUGAUGAAGCAAGGGCGUCUGGAGGAGGCGAAGGCCAUGCUGCAGAGCGUGACUCGGUGCAACGACAAUCGGUGGGCUUCGGACUCGCACCUGAAAUCGUACGACCGUGCUCAGGAAAUGCUGCAGGAGCUGGAGGCCUCCAUGGGCGCGGAAGGGCAUGAGAAGGCAGUUGAGGAACUGAGGUCGUUUGCUAUCCCCGGGUUCGAAGGUGGAUACGACCUGCAGCAUUCGUCAUUUUGGCAGCCUCAACCGGCGAUGCCACGACAGCCACGGCGAAUGGCACGCUCGAACCUGGAGCAACAAUUUUCGCAGUCUGUUGAGCCUUCCAUGAGUGGCGCACUCCUGGCCACUGCAGGGUUCGGACCGUCGCAGCAGAAGUCGGGGUACCAGGCGCCCGCGACGCCCAGAGUGCGGGCGCACGCAGCGAGCCAGCAGGGGGAUGAGACGUGGUUCCAGAGUGGGGUGCGUGCAGGGUGGUCGGAUGAAGAGCUGAACCACCCUUCGCUGGAAGUUGAUGACGCACUGAACGUGCAAGGCGAGCAGAGCGUGCAGGGGUACCCGGGGAGCGCUAAGCAGCCGAUGAAAUGGCACGCGGAGACGCUGCGGCAGCGACUGGAGACAGUGUCGGUGCUGGGGAACGCGUUCAUGAGCAGGCAAUUCGGAAUGAAAGUCGACGUUGACUCUGGUUUAGGCACUCCUCCCCUGGCUGAGCAAUCCCUGAGCAGCGAUGCCAAGCCCCUCAACCCGGCGGUUGCGAAGGAGGCUUCGGUCCUCCGGCCGAUAGCUGGUGGCGGCAACGGAGUGUCAGCUGUGAGGCCUCCGCUGUCCAGCAGCGAGCGUGCGCCGCUGACGUUCGAUCUGACCAACUCGGUCCGUAAUGGCGCAAACGUGAAUGCGGGGGGGUGUGGGCAGGGGGAGAACAGGGUGAAGCGGUUUGGGGUGUCGGGCGGAUGGGGCGGCAAGGGCAGCCAGAAGACCAAUCCUCCAGGUUUCGGCAAUGGGUGGGCGAGUUGUGGAGAAUGCAGCGAGAAUCAGCCCGCCGCCCUGCGUUCCCUGUCCAUGGAGAUCACCGAAGCAUCCUUCUCGGAGAAGGCCGCCCCGGCGGUGAUCCAACCGCUGCAGAACCAGAAUGUGAACAUCAAUCUCCCGGGGCUGCCACCCCUCCACAACGCGGUGGGCAAGCGCAGCAGAACGCUGACCCCUGUGAAGGAGAAGACGGUUAGUGCGUGGAGCUGCCUGGGGUUCACCCAGAGUCCUAACGACCUGGACUUCGGGUGCGAGAAUGCGGAGGGCGAGAGUUACGGGCGGGACCCACUGUCACGAAGCCUGUUCAGUAAGGAGCUGGUGCCCAUUCCCAUGGCGGACCUGUCGGCGUCAGAGAUGGAGAUGAAGCGGCAGCGAAGGCUGAAAGUGUUUAGAGAAAUGACUCUAGCUGCGAGUCCCCAAGCAUGAUUAGCGUAAGCCGACACCAGCCCUGCAGGCGACCUCGCCGGAGGUCGUAGUAAGGGCGGGUGUAGGCGUGGUGGCAUGGAAUGUUGUCACCAAGCGUCCACGGUCACGCCCCAAGUCCUCCGCAUGACUCCUUCUCCGAGCUGAGUGUAGGUCCUGGAAGUUCCGAGUACAAGCAUGUCGAACUACAGAGAUAGCGAAGGGGUUCUUAUGAUCCCUUCGGCGGUGUAGGGGAGUCGGAGGGUGCAGAUGCAUGUAGCGCGCGGCGGAGCGCCCGUCCCGGCAGCCGAGAUGGGUGAGUAGGCCGAUCCGGGGUGCGAAAGAUGAAGCCAGGUCCGGGCGGCGGAGCGGUGGUGUGAGCGUGGAGUGUGGCGGUUGCAAUUCACCUGUACAGUAGGAGUAUCUGGUCCGAGGAUUUUAGGAGUUUGUGUGUAAAUUAGUAGGUUGAGAAGCCUCGGUGAGGAUUGUGAGAAGUGUUAUCGCGCAGUCGUAGAUCAGUGACCUCCUUGGUCGCAAAUUCCACCAGGGAAGACAUUCUCGGUCUUACCGUUGUAGGUUGUGGUACACUCUCGGUGCACUGUCAUGUAGCUACCCCGACCAUCUUAGCGGGGUCCGGGUUGACACAUUCGAGAUUAGCGUCUGUAUGGUUCCAUGGCGGGUUAAGCCCCAUCUAUUAAAUCUACGCUCCGCGGAUGAUAACUUGA